AAUGAAGCCCUUACCAUUUUAAAAGCUAUGAAUCACUGGAGCAGACACACGUGCUUGCACUUCGUACCACGGACAGACCAAUACGACCGUAUCAUAUUCAGCCCUGACGACCAUUGCGUGUCGCAUGUAGGGAGAAAAAAAGGGAAGCAAUACAUCUUACUGGAUCCGCAAAUGUGUAUGACGUUGCCGAUCAUUUUACACGAGAUUGGGCACGCCAUUGGUCUAUACCAUGAGCACCAGCGGGCAGACCGGGACAAUUACAUCACUAUAAAUUAUCAAAACAUUAACCGGCACUACCAUUACGAAUUUGACAAAGUCAACCCGGACGCAUAUCUCGCUUUUAACAAGCCGUAUGACUAUCACAGCAUAAUGCAUUACGGCAAACAUAUUUUCGCCGACAGAAAUGCUAUUUCAAUGGAAUCGACUAACAAAAUUUACUCGGAUAUUAUUGGAGAAGCACAACACCCCAGCUUCCAUGAUGUACAAAUUGUGAACGCCAUGUAUAAAUGCUCAGAAAAAUGUCCUCACGUAGAAUGCCCGAAGGGUGCAUUUGUGGGGAAAAAGUGCGAAUGCUUCUGCCGAGGACCUCUCAACGAUCCGGUCCAACGAUGCAACAACGGUAUGGACGUACCGGUCGAAAACAUAUAAAUGAUCUACCACAAAUCGCAGUUGCAUACCUUAUUUCACAAUUGUUUUCAUUUUCAAAAACUGUUUGUAACUGCAAAAGAAGUUUCAAACCUUAUGCAUUCCCAUCAGUAAUCAACUAUCAAAUAAAU